GAGUCGAUGUUUGCGUUCAAAGUGCAGGUCGGCACCCCAUCGGACAGAUUGCUGAACUCUGCAGAGGCUUGAAAAGCAGCGUGCUCUUCCUGCAACGGAACAUUCACCUAUGAUCCAGAUGGAACGAGUAAGCUUGCUGGCCUUCGUGUUCACUGCCGCCUCGUUGGCGAGCGCGCUGGACCCCAGAGGAGCACGUCCCGUGGAGCCCGCCACCCGCUCCGAUAAAUGCGCCACCCAGAGGGAAUGGCCGUUCUGCACUGACGAUGACUGGGGUCCCAAGUGCCCAUCGGGUUGCAGAAUACAAGGUCUGAUGGACUACCGGGACCAUAGCCUGCUGAAGAAGAUAGAGAAGAUUCGCAGCCUGCUGGAGAACAGCCAGCAGAGGCAGGGGUCAGCCGAUCAAGUGACCAAGCAGACGUAUCAAUACCUGAAGGACAAACUGACCCUGGACACUGGUCACGAUGACCGGUACUACAACUUGGCGCAGAACCUUCGUCAGAGGAUCAGCGACAUGAAAGUGAAGAUUGACCGACAGCUUAGGGUCCUGGCAGCUCUUAGGGAUCGGGUCGCUGACCAGGUGGCCACCAUGCAGAAGUUAGAAGUGGACAUUGACAUCAAGCUGCGAUCGUGCAAAGGUUCCUGCAAGACCUACUCCGAGUACCAGGUGGACCAUGACAGCUACGUGACGCUGGACAAACAGGUCAAUCAUCUCCAGUCACAGGACAUGCAGCGCAUCGAGUCUGUGAAAACACAGGAAGUGAUGAAGAGCAUGCAGGUGCAGGACGCAAUUAUGGACAUUAUGUACAAGUUUGAGGACCCAGCGGACAUGAGGAAACAGCACAAACAAGACAUCUUCCAUGAGGUGAAAACGAUCCAGCUGACCCUCGAGCAAGAAGGUUCCAGGUCCUACCCGGCAACCAUCUCCAAAAUUCCAGCUACUUCCAGCGCUUCAUCACCCUCAUCCCCCUCCGGCCCCUCAUUCCCCUCCGGCCCCUCCACACCAUCAAAGUCCAUCACUGAGCUCACAGGAAGCAACGAUGGCGACUUCUUUGGCGGCGGUGGCUUGGAUAAGGUGAACCCUCCCAUUUUUGAGACAAGCACCUGCAUCAAGACAAUGAAGAAGACCAUGGUGAUGACAAAGGGCGGACCAGUGGAAAAGAUAGUGGAGACAUCUGGGGACGGUCCUAACUGUCGGGCGGGGUUUGACACCAAAGGAGGGCUCGACCUCCCUGGCCAAGGCCACACCUUCUCCACCAUCAAGACCGUCAGCACGGGCGGGAUUAAAGGAAGCCACUUGGACACCAAAGUGGGCUUGACAGAUGUGUUCCCGGAGGUGGGCUUUGACCUGGGGAAAUUUUUUGGUGAACACACGGAAGACGACGUUCCUGACGUGCACGCUCGCAGUGUGAAGACCACACAUGUUGAACGGCAAAUCGAUUAUACAGGAAAAGAUUGUAUCGACAUCUUCCACAAGCACACCAAGGGGGAGACCAAUGGCCUGUUUAAUAUCAAACCUGCUGCUUCCGCUGCCACUGUAGCGGCCUACUGUCAGCAGGAGUGACUGAUGGGCGGCUGGUUGUUAGUCCAGCAGCGAGAAAGCGGUGUGCUCGACUUCAACCGAACUUGGGAUGAGUACCGCGAUGGAUUUGGUGGUGUGGACGCACAAGGGAAGGGGGAGGUGUGGCUCGGAAACCAGAACCUCCACUUGUUGACCAAUCAGGGUGGGAACCUGCUGAAGGUGGAGCUGCAGGAUGAGGAAGGGGGUAUUACCAGUGCGGAAUACGUCAUCAGCGUGGGUACUGAAGAGGACGGCUACCCCUUACACCUUUCUGGCUACAUUGGUGACGCCGGUGAUGCCAUGACGACAACCCAUCAUGGGAUGAAGUUCAGCACAUGGAACAGAGACAAUGACGGCGCAGUUUCGGGAAACUGCGCGGCAAAAUUUGGCGGCGGUUGGUGGUACAACCAAUGCCAGUCGGCCAACCUCAAUGGGAUUUAUCACAGUGGUGUGGUUUGGUCCAAUCGCAGCCUGAAGCGAGUACGCAUGUUUGUGCGACCUGCUACCUUCUAACAUCAUGACCUUUUGUUUCCACAAGUUACUGCACAGAAGUCAAUAAAGUCAUGUUCACUUCA